GAGCUGCUUCGGACUGGGUGACAAGAGCAUUCUGUUUCCCCAUUCAGGAUUAAGCAUUGGAGCAAAAGUGGAAUAUUGAAACAUAAAUAUAUAAUUACGGCAUCAUCUGAUUAAAGUUCUGAAGUGAUAGAGAGUGAAGACGAGGAGGAGAGAGAGGAGCUGGAAGCAGAAGAUGCCACGCUGGUCGAUACAUGUACCAUGAGGAGCACAGGAGAGCUACGCUAAAGACAGACGGGAGAAAACAGUUCACCUGGACACAUUUCACAGGUCACGUUGAGCCCAUGCGGUGGUCCAUGCUAGCCCUGCUGCUCUUGUCCUGCAGCCAGAUGUUUGCCCAGCGCCCAGGUGACAUCUGUCCACAGAACGCCGACCGCAGACAGGAUGAUGUCACGGCCAACCCUGUGCCGACCGUGGAUCCUAAACUCUUCAUCAAGAGACGGUACCGCUCACCCCGCGUUCUCUUCAGCGAACAACCCCCCGACUCAGAGCCCGCUGGGCACCAGACAAGGAGCAGGGCGAAGAGGAAAGCAGGAGCGCCUCAACACCGCGGAGUUUACUCCGUCUGUGAGAGCGUUAGCACUUGGGAGGGAAAUAAAACCAAAGCUACAGACAUCUCGGGCAACGAGGUCACAGUCUUGCCUGAUGUUAUCAUCAACAACUCCAAGAAAAAGCAGUACUUUUUUGAGACGACCUGCAGCAGCAGACGGACCGGAGGAUCCGGGUGUUUGGGAAUCGAUGCACGCCAUUGGAACUCGUACUGUACCAAUUCACACACGUUUGUGCGAGCGCUGACUUCAUUCAAGAAACUGGUGGCGUGGAGACUCGUAAGGAUCAAUGUAGCUUGUGUGUGUGUGCUGAGCCGAAAGUCUUGGAGACAAUGACAAACUGUCAUCUUUUCAAAACACCAGCGCAGGCCUUAUGAUAUUAAACUCGAUAUUUCUCCAUGUGAUGAUGGAUAUUUUCCUUGUGCAAACCAUUGAAGACAACUUAUGAUAUAAAACAGACUGUCUAAGGAGAAUAAAUAUGAUGUCUUUGACAUAGGACACUACAAUGGAAUGAGUU